UGCCCGCGCUCCAAUCAAUCGCCGCCACGUGGCACUCUGUUACCACUGCCACGUGGCAGGAUGGCUGGGACUGCUCGAAGUGGAGUGGCGUGUCGUGCGAUAAGGAGGGGUUUGUUACAACCGUGGACCUCAGCAACGGGAAUCUGGAAGGGUCGCUUCCGUCCGCGCUCUUCACGCUCACGUCGCUUCAACAACUAAAGCUCAACGAUAACUCGUUAGAGGGCUCCCUGCUCAAUGCUAUAGGGAACCUGACCCAACUAACCCUGCUGUCUCUGGGCAGAAAUGAGCUGUCAGGACCCAUUCCCGCCCCGCUCUCCAACCUCCAAGCCCUCAAGUACCUCCUUCUGAGUGACAACGAGCUGUCGGAGACAAUCCCAGCUGGGCUGGGGAGCAUCACAACUCUUGAGGCGCUGGACUUGAGCAUGAAUCGCCUUUCGGGCGACCUGCCGCCAUCACUUUUCAACCUGCCCACUCUUGUCUACUUGGACAUAUCCAAUAACGAGUUCGCUGGUCCCCUCCCUUCGGGUUUGGCUUCCCCCUCCCUCGCCUCUCACCCUCUCGCCACUUUCAACGUCGAAAAAAACUUCUUCACAGGGUCUGCCCGUGCCGAAAUCUCGGCUGGAAAGCUUUCCUUCUGCCCGGAGGACCAGCAGGGAGGGUUCGCAGCAGCGAAUCUGCUCCCUUAUAGCCCGUCUCAGUACGGUUCAGUGCGAGGAAACUGCCUCAACCCGAGAGGAGGGGGGGGGUGCGAGGGGGACGGGAGGCAGCGGAAGCAGGGGGGGUGUUUGGCGUUUUGUGGGGUAGGUAGUGUCCAAGGAGUGUGUGGAGGGCACGGGAGGUGCUUUCUCAAGGGGCCCUCAAGAGUGCCCGUGUGUGAGUGUGAGGAGGGGUAUUAUGAGGAUACGGUGGAGUCAAAAGGGGGUGGUUACCCUACUUGUUCGGCGACCAAGCCUGAGAAUCCGCCUCCUCCCUUUCCACCAGACAUACCAUUGGAUGGAGACGACCCACAGAAGCAGCGCCACCGGCCGGGGUUGAGGGACCGGGACUUCAAGGCCGUGCCGGCAACCACCCCCUCGCGCUUUAACCGCUUCUUCCGCCACGUCAGCCUGGGGUUCAACGGCACUGCUGCCCAACCCUCUUGGGCAUGCAGAGAGGCGGUAGACUGGCGCGGGCUGGUGCUAGUACGAGGGAGGAAUGUGACGGUGGUUCCUCCGGUGAAAGACCAAGGCUUGUGCGCUGCCUGCUGGGCUCUGGUGCCGGUAGCAGCAAUAGAGGCAGCCUAUGCAAUAGCAUACGGCGCCAACCAUCCCAACCUGUCCAGUCAACAGGUGCUGAGCUGUCAGGGCACGUGGCAGUGCACAGGUGGCAUCCCGGCGGACGCGUUCCAGUUUGUGGCUGCUGUGGGAGGGGUAUCGCCGGAGAAAGCAGUGCCGUAUUCGGGAGUGGUGAACGCGAGUGACUGCAAGCUUCUCCCAGCAAGUUCGAAGCCUGCAGCUGCUGCCAAGCGCAACUCACGUGAGUCCAAACCACAACCUGCAGCUGUCAAGCCUACCACCAAACCUCCCACCAAGGCUCUAUCCGCACCUCCCACCGGGCCAGCUUCCGGGCCAUGGAAGCUGCAGAGUAAGAAGGCUGCAGCGCAAGCCAUCAAGGUUGCAACAUCAGCUUCCAAGCCUGCUGCCGGACCUCCUGCCAGGCCUGCCAAAUCACGAACGAGGGGAGUGCGGUCACCUUUCAAACCUGUUGCUGCUGGCAGAGGCCGGCAGGCUAUGGUUCGGGCGGCAGCUGCGCGUGCGGUGCCCACAUCAGCAUCCAUGUCAGCAUCCACGUCAGCAGGCCGAACGCCAGCAGCCUCAACUCCAAUUACGAAGAAUGAAGACGACGACGACAAGCACACGCACUUCUCCCCCUCCCUCUCCUCCCUCUUCUCCCAACUCUUCCACCGGCUCCGAAGACCAACCCAGCCGCCCAAGCUGCCCCCCACCACCUCGGUUCCCCCGUCCUCCUCCCCUCCUCCCCCUGCCUUUCCACCUCAACCGCCUGGCAUCCACCCCCUCUCUGGCCGCUUCUCCAUCUCCAUGUUCGAACAGGUGUCGAUCCCCGGUUGGCUGGGAAUGGUGCUGGCGCUGCAGGCGCAGCCAAUCAUUGCCAACGUGGAGGCGGAUCAACUCUCCUUUAUCAACUACCAGGGGGGCUUCGUUUACGCGGAUCCAGAUUGCUUCGCGAAUGGAGUGGUGAAUCACAUAGUGCUGCUGGUGGGGUACAGCACGGUGGGAGUGACGCCCUACUUUAUCCUCCAAAACACCUGGGGAUCCACCUGGGGCGAGGGCGGCUUCAUGCAGAUGGCCAUCGAAGCAGGCAACGGCAUCUGCGGCAUCAACACCACUCCUGCCUUAUACCCAGUGGUAGCAGGCUCGCACCCGUGUCAACCCAUCAACCCGUGUGGCAGCGGCAAGUGCAGCAACCGCGCGGGGAAGAGCAAGUGCACGUGUGCGCCUGGGUUCACCACUGCCAAGAAUAUUGAUGGGUCCGAGACAUGCAUUCCGGUCCACGUGUGCGCCAUGUCAGCAGCCAACCCAUGCCAGGUGGGCACGUGUCUCGAUGACGGGGCGGGCGGCUACAAUUGUCUGUGUCCACCAGGGUUUGUGGCCGAUGAGCGACCCGAUGAAACCCCAGUCUGCGUGCCAGGUGUCACUCCCUCAGAGGUCCACGUGGUGCCAGGACUGACAUGUGACACUGUGCGGUCGACAUUUGGCAUGUCAGAGGCCAAUUUCACUCUGCUCAAUCCGAAGCUCAACUGCUCCAGCCUUGCAAUUGGAGACGAUAUUUAUGUCAGCGAUGGCACCCUGUGCGCCACUCCCUAUACUGUCACCGCUGAUGACACGUGUGAGAGCAUUGCAGCAGCAUUCAGCAUGACUCGCUCGGAAUUCCUCAAGCUGAACGACGACCUGCCGUGUGGACGGCUAAAGGCGGGGCAACAGGUGUGCGUGGCGCAUGGCACUCCAGAUAUGCCAGCGUGCCAGGAGUUUGUGACUGUAGCGGAGGGCGACAGCUGCGACACUAUAAUGAGGGCUGCACGCCCCCCUCUGAGCGCACAGGAGUUCUACACAUUGAACCCAGGGAUCAACUGCAACGUGGGCGAACAGAUGCUGCUAGGCCAACAG